UGUAAAUUGUAAAAAUGCAGUCAUAAAAAUUCUCAUUUAAAUUUACAUUCGUCAUUAUCUAGUUAAUUAUAAUUUAGAAGCAUAACAUGAACAAAUUAUCCUAAGAAUUGCUCUCGUCGGCUGCUCGUUUAACCGAGACAAGUAGUUUGCAGCGAUGGCGUCACAGCCCAGUGACAACACAGAGUUUCCGCCCGAGAUAAUCGUCAAGCCCCUGGCGCUUAUAGGGCUUUCGGGGCUCGAUGUCGUCAACAACGCCAUACACAAGACGAUAUGGGACGCCUUCUCAAACAACCGUCGACCCGACCGAGCCUCCGUGCAGUUCAAAAUACUGCACAAUACAUUCGAGUUCCCCGUCGUGAAACCGAAAAGAAACUCCUACGAAUGGUACAUACCUAAAGGAAUACUCAAGAAAAACUGGAUCCAAAAACGAAUAUCGCUAAUACCGGCCGUUGUGGUGAUAUUCUAUGAUAUGGAGUGGAAUGAUCCCCAGUGGAAUGAGAAAAUCAUCGAGUGUGCGUCGAGAGUGCAGUCCAUCCGAGCAGCCAUAGAGGGUCACGCCACGAAGGUAGCUGUCGUUGUCGUCCAGAGCGGCCUCUCCCCUCCUCCCUCGGAGUACAUGCUGGGUGCCGAAAGAGCGCAGGCUCUAUGCUCCGCCUGCGAAAUUCAGUCUAAGUCUCUGUUUGUGCUUCCCCACAGCGAUCACCUCAUGGGCUACAUUGUACGCUUAGAGAAUGCAUUUUAUGAUAUAGCCCAAAACUAUUAUCAUCACGAGACAAAGAACAUUAAACAGCAUAAGGACCACUUGAACAAAACAACCCACCAGUAUCUGUUUGUAAGACAUCAAUUCAAGUUAGGCUUUCUGAAUGAAUUGAAGCAGGACUUGAGUACAGCUCAUAAACACUACCUACAUGCCUACAACAAUCUGUUGGAGACUAGACAAGUGGACACCAACAUACAGGAGAUCAGAACUGUGGCUGGGUACAUCAACUACAAGCUUUGCAAAUUGCUCUUUGCUCUUAACCUGCCAAGAGACUCCAUCUCUCAGCUGAAAUCUCACAUAGAGAGGUACAAAAAUAGGAUUGGACCUACAGAACUACUCUUCGAACAUUAUGCCUGGAUAGCCCGACAGUACAGUGCUUUUGGGGAGUUAUUUGAUGAGGCCAUAAGAGCCGGUCUACCGGCCAUUCAGUCCCAGCAUCCUGGCUUUUACUUUCAGUAUGCCGCUCAAUUCACAGUCAAGAGGAGGCAAGCUGCAAGAUCUGUCUGCUGUGAUGUGCUCCAGUAUCCUCCUCCCCCUGACCCAAUGGAGGGCAUUGUGGAGUACUAUGGCCAAAGGCCUUGGAGACCCGGCAGGCUCAGUGCGGACCCACAUGACCCACAGAAGGAGCAGGUGGCUGUUCUAGCGCUCCAGUACAAUGAGAGGAUAUUCAAUCACUCUGGAAUGAUAAUUAGCUUUCUCAGCUGUGCCAUAUCUCAGUUCAAAACUUUCCACUCCCCUAGAAUGAGGAAACAGUUAGUCGUGGAAAUGGCUAACGAGUAUUAUUACUGUGGAGACUAUGGAAAAGCUCUCACCCUUUUAUCUCAUAUGUUGUGGGAUUACAGACGAGAAAAGUGGUGGUAUCUAGCUUCCUAUGUGUUGAACAGAGCCCUCCAGUGUGCCUACCUCUCUGCCAAGAUCCAAGAUUAUAUCCAGCUCUCAGUGGAAGCACUCUCCAAAAACAUUCAAGUCAUUAAUAAUGAUAAGGAAAGGAUAUUUACUAAUGUGAUGUCAGUUCUAAACUUAAACAUUCCAGCUGCUGAGCCAGAUCUGCCUGCACAAUCCCAGGGCAAAGCCUUGGAGUUGUGGAAGGCUGCAAUAGAGAAAGAGCCCUUCACGGUGACAAUAGAUAUGGCCAAUAUUUCCAGUUUUCUAGAAGUUAAAUCAAGAUUUUUGCAGCAGAAGUACAGGGUAGAUGAAAACAUAGAAGUUGAGAUUUUUGUGAGGCAGACAUUUAGUGGUGCCCUCCAUGUGAAAAAAGCCCAUUUGACUGUCUCCUCUAGCACUGAGACCAUUGAAAUUCCAAUAACUGACUCCGGGAAACCUAAUAUACAACUCGAUGGGGGGAGAGUUAAGAGGUUUUUGUGUCAAUUCAAAAUGAAUCCACAUGACAGUGGAUCCGAGCUUCAUAUUAAGGCUGUGACUUUUGUUCUCGAUGCAGAUACUAGGAGGAAAAUAAUAUUAAAUUUUAAGGUAGAUGAAAAUAAAGUUACAGAAGUUGUUCAUCCAGAGCUGCUACAUUUUAUAAUAAGUCCAAAGGCUGACUAUGAAUUUGAUAGUAUUGUGCCAGCAACUUCUGCAAGCAUUACCACAAGGGAGUGUAGACUCUCUCUGAAUAUAGAAAAUGAAGCACCUGCACUCCAGGGAGAAUGGUUUCCAACAACUUUCACAAUACAGAAUAAUGAAGAAAAUUCUAUCAAAGACAUGGUUAUUGUCCUCUCACUACUGAGCUCCCCGGACAACCCAAACCCAGAAUCGGUGACAGAACUUAGCCUCAAACACACUGAAUCUCAAGCUCAGCCUAUUAAAAUCAGUGUUGGAAACAUUGAGAAGUCUGGGACAUAUUCGAAUAAGUUUUAUUUGAAAACAAAUAGAACAGUAACAACAACAGUGCAAAUCAAAGUGUCAUAUAAUAUUAACCUCCAUGAGAUUUCUAAGCUAGAGUGUGUUAAGGACUUUGUUUCUAAGAUACCAGUCGUAAAACCUUUUGAGGUUACUACAAAUUUUGUAGCUAUGAACUUUAAGCCUAUUACAAAAUGUUUUAUCAAUGACCACUUUAUAGUGAUGCCACAGAUUAAAAUACUAAGCCCAUGGGAUCUUGUAAUACUAGACACAGAAUUAGAAACUCAUGACUGUUUCAAAUAUGGUGAUGAAGAGAAACCUGUAUCAUGUAUUAGCAAUCUGGAAGUUUCUGAGAACACUAUUGCAUCAGACGCAGUCUGUAUACAAGCUAAACACAAGCCAAAAGAUCCACCUACUAGAGUUGGCCUGUACAACAUAACAUGGAGGAGAAAAAGUAAUGGAGAUGGUCCAAUAGUCAUGAGCAGCACACCUCUGUCGGGGCUUCCUAUAGAUGAGUGUCCGAUUUCAUUAAAAGUCAAUUACCCGGAGGUAGUUGUUCAGCAGACAUCAGUUCCUCUGAAGUGUACAAUCAUAGGACAAACUGAUACACCAAUAAGGCUCAGUAUUAAUGUAAAUGGUACCAAUGCGUACAUGAGUUCAGGCUACAAAAAGCUAUCUGUAACAGUUCCACCGAGAGAUAAGGUUGAGUUAUGUUACAACAUCCACCCCCUAGUGGCCGGACACACCGCUCCUCCAAAGUUAGAAGCUACUAUACUCGGGGAUAACACAAAACAAGAUGUCAUCAAAGAGAUGUUUGACAAAAACUUUCCUGAUUCUAUUUUUGUUAUGCCAAUGUAUAAUAAGUAAAGUCUAUAAAGUUUGUUAAUGGUUCUAUGUAGAGAUUGUACAUAUUGAAUAUAUUAUGUUGUAGUUACCUUAUAUUAGUUAAUAAAUCCAGUUAUUUGUUA